AUGCUCUUGUUCCCGCAUCCGUUGUUUGCGGGCUUCAAUCAGGAUGGCCCCCAUUUCGGACUUUUUCUUGGCUUCCGACAUCUCUUCCUUUCGCCAUUGCAGCUCCGCCUCUUCCAUUGCACAUUUCGCGCGAAGGGCAUCCUUCUAAGCUUGUUAGUCACGCGCGCGCUCCUGCAUUUCGCGAUUUUGCGUUCUUUCCCUAAACGUAGCUUCUCUUUCUCUACCUCAAACAGAUUCCCGUUCGCAUCUGCGCAAGUUUCUUUUGCAUCAUUUCCUUCUCGGCAUCUUUUGCUUCCAGAUCGAUCAAUUUCCUUUGUUUCAUUUGCAAGAUCUGCGGGAUUCUUCCGCCGCCAUUACAUCUUUAAUCAUCUUCUCUUCGAGUUGCGCGUCGUGAAUUGCGUGGCACUUGGCCUCAUGAAUCAGCUUAUUAAGAUAUUUAAUUUCCUCCUCCUGUUCUUGCUUGCUUUCAUACGCCUUCGACAGGGGAUCCUGAGCAUUGGCUUUGACAUCUCCUUCCAGUACGAAAAGAUUUUCUGUCUUUUCUCAUUGCAAAUCCUUCCUCUUAAUAAACUGUUCCUGCUCGAAACGUUUUCUCUUUUGGUGUUCUGCGGAAUUCUUCGAUUAUUCGCAGCCCUUUGUCCGUUAGAAUUCGGGCAUUGUCUUUAA